CUCCUCUCCACAGCCCACCUCACAGUCAACCCCACAUACCACCAUGACCGGCUCCUGCUGUGGAUCUUUCUCCUCCUACAGCUGCGGAGGAGGCUGCCUGCAGCCCUGCUGCUGCCGCGACCCCUGCUGCUGCCGCCCAGUGUCCUGCCAGACCACAGUGUGCCGCCCAGUCAGCUGUGUGCCCCGCUGCACACGCCCCAUCUGUGAGCCCUGCCGCCGCCCCAUCUGCUGUGACCCCUGUGGCCUGCAGCAGGGCUGCUGCCGUCCCAUCACCUGCUGCCCAUCGUCCUGCACGGCCGUGGUGUGCAGGCCCUGCUGCUGGACCUCCACUGGCUGCCAGCUGGUCUCUGUGCAGGCCCCUUGCUGCAGGCCCCCCUGCUGCCAGCCUGCCCCCUGCCGCAUGGUCUGCAGGACCUCCCCCUGCGACCCCUGCUGCUGCUGA